AUGAGUCAGAGAUACACUCAAAAGAUUGAAAAUUAAUAUGCUACAAGAAGCAAUGGUUAAAAUGUUACCUAGAUAGGCAAGAAAAGAAAUUUCGCUGAGUUUAGGGAAAGCUAAGAAGUUCCCUAUCACACAGAUAAGGAAAUAAGGAAAUAGCCAAAGACUAGGAAAUAGAAUGAUGAUUCACAAACAAGAAAGUCUGCAACUGAUCCCAAAUGGGCGGGAAAGUAAAAAUCCUAAAGCGGUAACAACAAAGACUUGAUAGUAGAAAACAAAAGUAAGGGUUAUGUUACUGAGGCUUACUCUUAGAUGACAGUCACUAGAAAUAGGACCACUAGUAGAAGGAAAUUAGAUAAUCUGUUAGAAUUGAAGGAAAUAAAUUCUGAGGUUGAGAAUUUCUCUUCAGAUGAUUAAUACCACAAAAAAAGAGUAAAGAAAGAAGAUAAAUCACAAAAAUCAGUUAGAGGAGGUGCUAAGUCUUACUUGGGAUCAGACCCAGAAACUGAACAUCAUUAUGGAACUAGAAAGAAGCUAGCCAAUGUUAAAAAAGAAGAUAUUACGAAUUAGCAAUUUGGUGACAGUGUUAGAACGGUCAUUGAAGAUUACCUUGAUAGCAAAGUGUCCUAGCAUUAAACAGGCAAUAAAAAGUAUGCUGCUUAUACUGUUUUAGGAGAUCAUUUAGACAUUAUUGCAGAUUAAUCAACUGACAGGAUAGUUACUUAUACGUUUUAAAGUGUACAAUUUGAAAAGAAAUAAUCAGCAAAAAAAUUAUCUAUCACGAACUGUAGUGGGUUAAGAAUGAGAGAUUCAGAUGAAGAUUUUCUCCAUGGAUUUAAAGAAGUAUUUAUUAAGAGAAUUUGUGCAAGAUAUAAGUUGGGGUCAGUAAAAGCCUUUGUCUUUGAGUACUAUCCAAUUAUAUCUUUUGGUGACAUCAAGAAAAGUUCAGUUUAAAAAGCAAUUAAUGAAAAGUUUGUAAUUCAAAACUACCCAGGAAAAGAUGAGAAUUGCGAUUAUUUUACUCUUGAAAUUCAGGAACUUGCAAAAAGAUGGGAAGAUCCUUAUAUCUAUCAACUCAAAUUUGCUCCUAAUCUAGCCUAGAAGAAUACACUUAAGAAUUUACAACCUCAUCAUGUGUAUCUAGAAUUUAUAAAGUUUGUAGUGGACUUUAAAAAUCCCUAUGAUCUAAAGCAGUUAAAGAUACAUGAGGAGAAUGAAAAUUAGAUAUAUGAAAUAAGUAAUUACAAUCCUAAUGCAAAAUAAAAAGCAGCAGAUAUAAUAAAGAAAGGGUAUUAAACUGAGAAAGAAUCAUCAUCAAGAGCAAGAUCACUACCAGUAAGAGGAAAAAAUAGAUAAACCAUUUAGGAGACUUCUGAAGAUGACUCUGAAAGCGAAGAGGCUCUGAAUAUUGCAAAAAAGAAUAAGAAACUAAACCAAAAGAAGGCUGAUUAGGAUACUCCAAUGAAAUUAGAAAAUUAAGUUAAACAAGAACCAAAGGAAUAAGAAAAGUCAAAAAUGACAAAAAGAGGCGAUUAAUCUUAGGGCAAGCAAGAGAAUUCAGAAUCAUACAACUUUGAUUAAGGGAUAAAAUAAAAGGCCGAAGAAGAUUCAAAAAAGCUUGCUUAAUAAAAAGCUAAACUAAGCCAGCCUGUAAAAGCUUCUCAAGAUACGAAAUAGUCUCAAUAGAGUGUGAUUAAAUCAAGUUAAAACACGAAGCAGAGUGCAAUUGAAUAACCUAGUAGUUAGAUUGGAAGAAGAGGUACAAGAAGCGCUGUUCAAAGCAGAAGAAAGAAAAGUUCAAGCAUUGACAGCUCAUCAUCAGGCAGCAGCUUCGAUAAUAAAAAUAAGAAAGAUAAAAAAGCAGCCCUCAUAAAAAUAGAACAAGAGGAUGUUGAAAUGAAAGAAGUCAAAGCAUUACCAAUCAAAAUAUUAAAAUUAGAGUCUGAGGAUGAAAUACCAAGUAAGAGAGUAGGGAAAAGAACAAGAAGAAAGCAAGAAUUAGAUUCUGAAUCUGAUUAGUCUUUAACAGCAAAGCCAAAAAGAAGAGCACCAAGCAUCGUGAUGAGCAGGACUGCAAGAAAGAAAAAGUACAGCGACAUUGAAGAAUAAGCUGAGAAUGAAGAUGUAUUAUCUGGCCAAUAAUCAGAUGAAGAGCGGUUAGGCUUUGAAGGCAAUUAGUUAAAAGUCAUUAGACCAAGUAUUUAUCAAAAUGAUUAUGACAAAGCUUGUGAAAAACUCUAGCUCAAUGCGAUCCCUGAUGAACUACCUUGCAGAGAAGUAGAAAGAAAAGUGAUUGAGGACUAUCUUCUUACAGGAUUAUAAAAUAAGGGUUCAAGUACUUCUUUGUAUAUUUCAGGUAUGCCAGGUACAGGUAAAACAGCAACAACACUAGAGAUUAUCAGAAAACUCAAGCAGAUUAAAAAGUUAGAUUUCAAGUUCCUACACAUCAAUGCCAUGUCACUGACGAAUCCCAAUCUAGUUUAUACAGUAAUUCAUGAGCAUAUCACUGGAAGAAGAGUUAAUCCUACAAGUGCAGCGACAUUCCUAGAUGAUUUCUUUAAAAAGAAGGACAAAACCAAGGUUCUAACCACUUACUUGAAUUAAAGUGCAAGGGGAAUGAGAUACUCGAAGGCAAAGGGUAAAUCUACUAAGUAGUUCACAUCUGACAUUAAGAAAGAUGCUGAAAGAAUGAGAAUCAUACUUAUUGACGAGCUGGAUGCUUUGGUUACGAAAAAGUAGACAUUACUUUAUAAUUUGUUCGAUUGGCCUUGCCAUCAGAAUUCAAGACUUUUAGUUAUAUCAAUUGCAAACACCAUGGAUUUACCAGAAAGAAUGCAACCAAAGAUUAAGAGUAGAAUAGGUACAAACAGAUUAACGUACGAGCCCUACAAUAAAAACUAGAUCAAAUAAAUUCUUGAAUCAAGAUUGGUAGGUAUACCUAUCUUCGAUCAGAAAUCAAUCACACUCGUCUCAGCAAAGGUUUCAACAUACAGUGGAGACAUUAGAAGGAGUUUACAAGUGACAAAGAGAGCAGUCGAAUUAUGCAGAGAUAAAUACCUUAAGAAAUGCGAAGAGGAAAAGUUAAAAGGAUCGAAUGUAAAAGUUCAACCCAUCUAAGUAUGCUAUUAAGAUGUGAUAGAUGCAUUCUCAGAACUUUACAAUUCAAAGACGUGCCAAGUAUUAGUCUCACUUAGAAAAUUUGAAGUGCUUGUGAUAUUAGGUCUUUACCUAGAACUGAUUACAUUUAAAAGUGAAAAGGUCCUCAUUGAUAAGGUCCAAGAUCGUUGUGAAUCCAUGAUAUCGUAGCUUGGCUGGAAAGCCCCUAAUUUCUAGACAAAUACCUAUAGAGAGAUAGUGAAGAGGUUAAGUAGUUUCGGCCUAAUAUCUCUUAAUGUUGAGCAGAAUAAAAUCACUGAUAAUGUGCAUCUUUAACUAUUCGUUUACUAUGAUGAGAUAAAGCAAGCCCUAGAGAAUAAUGAAGUAUUCCAGUUUUUCGAAAAUACUUUCUCUAUUCAUUAGAACGGUACUCAAUAAUAAUAGGAGUAGUGA